UGGAUUGAUUUACUUACAGCAAUUAUAUUCAGCACAGUUAGUUAAGAUUCUUAAAAAUAAUAAAAUCUUCAAUCUCAAAUUCUCAACCCAAAAAAUAAAAAAAUAAAAAAAGGUGGUCGACAGAUGACGUGGCGGACGCGGUCUAGGGAACAUUUUGAUAUCCGCUACGACUCUUAAUGUACUACUCCAUAGUCCAUACUCGCUGCGCCGUGACGGCUCGCGUGACGCACUCAAAUCGAAAGCUCUUAAUUAGCGAACAAAACCCUCGCUCGCUCCCUGUCUCUCUCUCUCUGGCACUCGCACUCGCACUCGCACUCGCACACAGAGGGAGAGGGGGAGAGAGAGAUUGUGAUCCGGAUGGAUCCGCUGUCGGUGCUGCGGGACUUCGCGGCGCGGGGGGAGCUGGAGAAGAUCACGCAGGUCGGGGAGGAGUUCCGGUUCGGGGCGGGCGGCGAACCGACUACCUCCAGUCCGCCCGCCUCCGCCGCCUCCCCACCGUCACCCUCCCCGACCGCCGCCCCCUCCUCGACUACCUCCUCGGCCGCACCUCCUCCUCCUCCGCCCUCGCCAUCGACCUCCUCCCCUCCGCCCCCGAUCCCCCCGCCCCCCUUGAACAUUCCAGGGGGGUUUCCUCCGACGACCCCGCCCGCGCCGGCGACGGCGACGGCGACGUCGACUACGUCGCCAUGAUCCGCGCCCUCGAGCGGCCCCUCAAGGACCGCGAGGCCCUCCUCGCCUGCCGCAACCGCGACUUCCUCGCCGUGCUCGCCGCCGCCACCCGCCGCGAGGAGGAGCGCCACCGCGCCGAGGCGCUCCAGCGCAAGGACGGCCUCGUCGCCCGCACCCGCCUCGCCGGCGCCGCCGGACCCCCCGCCGCAUCCGACGCCGCCGCAGCCGCCGCCGCCGGGGACGAUCCCGCGGAGCCGAAGCCGAGGACGCUGCUCAAGGCCGGGAAGGUCGGGGAGGGGGUCCCGAUCAUCCUCGUGCCGAGCGCGUCGCAGACGCUGAUCACCAUCUACAACGUGAAGGAGUUCCUCGAAGACGGGGUCUUCGUGCCCACGGACGUGAAGACGAAGGCGAUGAAGGGGGCGCGCCCGGAGCGCGUCACGGUGCAGAAGAAGCUGAGCCGCGACCGCGCCGUGGCCGCGUACGAGGUCAGGGACAAGCCCUCCGCGCUCAAGCCCGACGACUGGGACCGCGUCGUCGCCGUCUUCGUGCUCGGCAAGGAGUGGCAGUUCAAGGACUGGCCGUUCAAGGACCACGUCGAGAUCUUCAACAAGAUCAUUGGAUUCUUUGUUCGGUUUGAGGAUGACAGUGUGGAAUCAGCAAAGAUGGUCAAACAGUGGAAUGUGAAGAUCAUCUCAAUCAGCAAAAAUAAAAGACAUCAGGACAGAGCUGCUGCACUUGAGGUGUGGGAUCGGCUGGAAGCAUUUAUGAGGUCACGCUCGCAUUGAUGUACCUCGUGUCCUGAGAAGAUAAUAGUGAGUUUAGUUUCAACGCAAGUGUAGAUUGUGGAUUAUUAUGGUCUGUUUAUAUUUGAAUUAUCAUCCCUAAUUAUGUACUGCACAAUUCUUGCCUAAAGUGCUGAAAGGUUUUGCUUGGUUA